CUGGUUCUCGGUUCUUCGUUGUGACCAGAGUUUAAUAGAAAAACCGGCAAAGUGGCGGAACCACCGAAAAUGAAGCUGAUCGACUCCGUCGUUCGAAGCUUCAAAGUGGCCAAGGUGUUCCGGGAAAACACGGACAAAAUCAACGCCAUCGACUUCUCGGCGCACGGCGACAUGCUGAUCUCGUGCAGCGAGGACGACCAGAUCGUGCUGUACGACUGCGAGAAGGGCACGCAGAUCCGGACGGUCAACUCGAAGAAGUACGGCGUCGAUCUGAUCCACUUCACACACGCCAACAACACGGCGAUACAUAGCUCGACGAAGGUAGACGACACGAUCCGCUAUCUCAGCCUGCACGACAACAAAUACCUCCGAUACUUUCCCGGCCACACGAAGAAGGUGAUUUCGCUGAACAUUUCACCGGUGGAGGACACGUUUCUUUCCGGAUCGCUCGACAAGACGCUCCGACUGUGGGAUCUCCGUUCGCCCAACUGCCAGGGUGUGAUGCAGCUCAACGGACGACCGGUGGCGGCGUACGAUCCGGAGGGGUUGAUCUUUGCCGCCGGGGUCAAUUCGGAAAGCAUCAAGUUGUACGAUCUGCGGUCGUUCGACAAAGGUCCCUUUGUAACAUUCAAGUUAAACCAGGAAAAGGAAUGCGACUGGACGGGCCUAAAGUUCUCGCGAGAUGGCAAAACCAUUCUCAUCAGUACAAAUGGUUCGAUAAUUCGGCUUAUCGAUGCGUUCCAUGGAACACCUCUGCAAACAUUCACAGGACACCUGAACAACAAAGGCAUCCCUAUUGAAGCCUCAUACAGUCCGGAUUCACAGUUCAUCUUUUCUGGUAGCACAGACGGCCGGGUGCACGUAUGGAAUGCCGAUUCGGGGUACAAAAUCUGCGUCCUGAACGGCGAUCAUCCGGGACCGGUGCAGUGUGUUCAGUUCAAUCCCAAGUUUAUGAUGCUCGCUUCCGCCUGCACGAACAUGGCGUUCUGGCUUCCGACGGGUGACGAUGUCUGAGGGGGGACGAAGCUUUACUUUUUUUUUAUCUGCACACCGUCCCAAGGGAAACAAGGAACACGACACGGUUCCAGUUCGGAAGUACACUACCAUCACCAAAAGCAACGUAGAUUUUGGAGUGAUGCGGGCGUAAAAUGUGUACUGUUUCGGUGAAUUUUUAUUUCCGAGAGACACAUGAACUAGUUUCUUUUUCAGGAAACCAACAGGAAUAAAAAUAAAACUAAAACAAAACCAGAA